AUGCCUCUGCUCUACAGCUCUGUUGAGUUCGGCCGUCGAUGGCAGCUCGUUCACGAGCGGGUGGCGCCCAAUCGAUUCUACUGGUCUAAACUGGGCCUUGAUAAAGAGCCGGGCCUGAUUCACCUUGAGACCAGCAUCUCAGAAACCCAGGCUCUUUAUGUCACAUGCAAGCUUCAGAACUGCACAGAUGCCAACAAGGGCAAACCUUUUCCUGGAUACAUUGACCCCAACUCCCUGGUGGUCCAAGAUGAGUAUGUGUUUGUUCAGGUGUCAACCGGCGGUCGGCCAAUCUACUACGUGUCAUCCAGGCGAGAUGUGUUUACACCCAUGAAGCUUCCCAAAUACACCCUUCCAAAGGAUCUGCAUGUGAUCAGUACAGAUGAGAACCGGGUCGUGGCGGCAGUUCAAGAGUGGAACCAGAAUGACACUUACAACCUGUACGUGUCAGAGGCCGGAGGCGUUUACUACACGCUGGCUUUGGAGAACGUCAUGAGCAGUAUGGGACCAGAGGGAAAUGUCAUGAUAGAUCUAUAUGAGGUGGCAGGAAUAAAAGGCAUGUUCUUGGCUAAUAAGAAGCUGAAUAAUGAGGUGAAGACAUACAUAACCUAUAACAAAGGCCGUGACUGGAGGCUCCUGCAGGCUCCCUCGGCUGAUCUCAGAGGAAACCGAAUCCAUUGUAUGCUGCCGUACUGUUCCCUGCAUCUCCACCUGCACGUAUCUGCAAACCCAUACACAUCUGGAAACAUAGCCAGCAGAGAGUCUGCCCCUGGAAUCAUAGUAGCAUCAGGUUCAAUCGGCGCAGAGUUAACGAGCAGCAACGUUAGCAUGUUCAUCACAUCCGACGCUGGAAACACGUGGCGGCAGAUAUUUGAUGAAGAGUACAGUGUGCUGUAUCUGGAUCAAGGCGGAGCUUUAGUGGCAAUUAGACACACCCCUCUUCCCAUCAGGCACCUCUGGUUGAGCUUUGAUGAGGGGAGGGUGUGGAACAAAUACAGCUUCACUUCAUCCCCACUGUUCGUGGACGGUGUCUUGGGCGAACCGGGCGAGGAAACGCUUAUAAUGACGAUCUUCGGUCACGUCAGUCACCGCUCAGAAUGGCAGCUGGUAAAGAUAGACUUCAGGUCUAUCUUUAACAGAAGAUGCAUCGAGUCUGACUAUGUGCAGUGGGAUUUACAUGACCAGGGUGACCGCUGCCUCAUGGGAGUCAAAAGAGUCUACCGAAAGCUAAAGCCCAUAGCCAGGUGUGUUAUGGGUAAAACCUACUCUGUCACGAUGAUAUCCGAGCCAUGUGACUGCACUGAGUCAGACUUUGAGUGUGAUUAUGGCUUCGAGAGAAGGGCUGAUGGGAAAUGUACUCCAGCAUUCUGGUUCCUGCCCUCCUCCAUGUCUCGGACCUGUACUACAGAACACACAUUCCUCAACAGCACUGGGUACAGAAAGGUGGUGUCUAAUAACUGCACCGGUGGAGUGAUGGAGAAGUACACAGCUCGUAGGCAGCUGUGCCCUAGCCAGGCCCCUCGGGGCCUUCACUUAGUGACCAGCGAAGGGAAGCUAACGGCUUCUGUUGCCAGCAACGUCACCUUUCUCGUCUUCCUGGAGGAGGGUGAUGGAUCGAAAACCAGCAUCACAGUGGAUUUCGGCGAUGGAAAUGCUUUCACCUACUCCAACGUGAGCUCUAUCGAGGAU